AUGGGGGGUGAGCCGUCACGGCGACGUGAACCCGCGACGCAUCCAAAUCCGCCUGAGCGCGCCUUACAGCCUCAGCAACCAGCCCCGGAAGGCGCUGUAACGCGCGGUCGACUGAGGCACCAACGCCUCGCCCUGGACCACCCCCACCCUGCCCCCCGCGACGGCCCCGUCGCCCACCAGAGCCAGCGGACUGGGGUCGCGAAGGACUCGGCGGCCGGCGCGCCGCCUCCCAUCGGCGGUCAGGAGAGGAUUGCCCGCCCCGGCCCCGGCGUGCAGGCGAGCGACGAGGCAACCGACCCACCGGAGAACGCGGACGUGGCGCACGACGCUCCGGAGUACGCUGACCAGGAGCGUGACGUUGAGGAGAGGGAUGCUGCGGGGAACGCCACUCGGGAGAUCGCCGGCGUUCCGCGCGAUGAGGAGGAGCAGGGGAUCGCCGAUCGCCCCGACGAGGAGAACCGCGCUGAGGCGCGGGACGAACCGGCGAUCGCCCACGCUCUGGUCGGUCCACGGUGCCCAGCUCAGCGGCGACAAAGCGAGCCGGUGCCCGCGACCCCUCAGGCGACACAGGGCGAGGGGAUCGACGGAGCGGAAGAGACAGCCCGCGCGCAAGGCAUCGAGCGGGCUCACUCGCAGCAGGACGAUGACGCGCAGCAACGGGCUGAGGAGCCGCCACGGGUGCAGCGUCUAAGCCAGGCCGGGCACUCUCCGCGGUCCCCUCUCUCAAGGCGCCGUGAUCCGCGGUCGGCUCCAUUACCGUGGAGGCGUGAGCAGAGGACGCCAGCGGGGCAACGCCCAGAUGAUGCAGAUGAAGAUACUACGCCGCAGCAGAGGCAAACGCCCGCCUCUGCAGCAACACCAACGCCUCUGCAGCAACACCGCCCGAUACCACUGCUGCCGACGCCAGCGCGCCGUCAAGGAGUGAGCGACGCCGAUCCUCCAACAAGGCGCUCGGGGGCGGGAAGAGGAAGAGAAACACGGGGAAUUCGUGUGGGACGAGGCAACAGCCGCCGCGGACGUGGGCGCGGCGCCACGACUCAGAGAAGAGGCGCAAGUAGCUUCGCUAGAGCAGCACAGCGGGUCCUGCGGCAGAGAGCUAGGGAGGGAGGGGAGACACUUGGUGACAAUUCUGGGAAUGGCUCAUCGGGUGACCCCCCCUUUAUCCCCGAAAGGGAGGGGAGUUCGAGCCCCUCGACAGAGGAAGACGAGGUUGACCCAGCCCAAGGAGUGGGUGAAAUUCCAACUGGAGGUCGAACCGCAUCUGCAAUUCGAACCCCUCGAAAUCGGGCCGCGAGGGGAAACCGAGCCGCCACCAACACUGGGGUUACCACCACCCCUGACAACGCGGCACCAAUCAUCAGCGCUGACGAUCUGGCGGGCCGGCAGGACCUCUUCGCGGACAUCGCCAACUGGGACCUCUGCCCACUGCGCGACAGCAGACAGCCACCCCUCGCCCGCCACCCACCCCGCCCACUGCGCGAAUCCUUCGCAAUCUGUCUGCUGACCCCACUACUUCACCUGGCGAAAAAUCCUGACUUGUCACCUGGUUGGAAGCUGCUGAUGUUUCUCCCGCGUAUCCUGCUGCUCUCCUCGUCAGCCCGCAAACCUGACUGGAAGACCAUGGCCGACAGACUGACGAGAUUUCGCCAAGGCCUAUGGCGGGACCUGUAUGACGAGGCAGCGGACGCAGUCACCAACAACCCCCAACCACGCCACGUACCCGACACCACGGGCAAGCUGGCGAGGGCCGAGGGGUUGGCCAAAAGAGGAAACCUGGCAAAAUCUCUCCAAUCCCUGACUGCCACGCCCGUCUGCACGCCGAGCGCUGAAGUCCUUAGUGCACUCACAGCCAGGCAUCCAGAGGCCACCCUGGCCAUACCGGACUGGGUGCACGACUUCGCCUCUGAGACUGUACCUUCAAUCACAGCCCGCGAGGCGGCGAACUGCACGGAGGCCUUCACUCACCUCACAGAGGCCCUCCUCAGCCACGGCUUGGCUCACAACCCGGCGAAGUGCGAAGCGUGGUCCGCCACCACCUUGGAUCCUGCCGCCCUACCCCUAGGCGUCUCAAUCCCCCUGGACGGUGUCCGCGUCCUAGGCAGCCCCAUUGGGCCGCCCACUGGCUGUGCUGCUCGUGUGCGCGAACGCCUUUCUGCAGCAGCCGAACCGCUACCACUCCUCUCACAGAUGGACCCGCAACUAUGCCUGCUACUACUCACCCGCUGCGUGAGUCGCCGCGCCUCGUUCCUGGUCAGAGCCACGCCGCUCGAGGCCCUGCCGUUGGGGGACUGGUCCGCCUGGGGGGAAGACCUGCUCCACACCUACCUGGCUGCUGCACACACAACGAUCCCCAGGGACCGGGCUGAGAGGGAUAGAAUCUGGCAGCAGGCCGCCCUGCCCGCGUCUCUGGGAGGCCUCGGCAUCACAAACCCUGCAGUGGAGGGGGGAUUCGCUUACCUGGCAUCGGUGGUUUCUGCCGCCCACCUGUUGCGCUCUUUCGGCGAUUCAGCAAACCCGGCCCUCACAGGACUCCUAUCGCUGAUGGAUGCUGACGGGGAGUCCACUUCGCUCCUCCCGAGACGCCUAGCUGCCUUGGAAGCUGAGCUGCCGCCUGACGGGAUUGAGGCUCUCCAAGAACCGCAGCAUGGGGAGGUGGCGGCGAUGGCGAGGUCAGCAGCCCUCACGGAAUCGGCACCUCUCGACCGCCAACAAAGAGCCGAGGAAACGCACCCGCGGUCAGACCUGCAUGAGGUUGGGUGUGAGUGCGGGGGGGAGGAGACAGAGGGACGGGGGACAUUGGGGGAAGUGGCUGCUGCUGCAGCGGCGCAGGGAACCAUCGGCGCCGUGGCGAUUGAGACAGCGAGGGCGGCAGGGACUGGUGAUGCAGAUGCGGAGGUGACUGGGGCUGCGGAGGCGGCGGGAACUGAGGCUGCGGUGCUAGCGGAGGCUGCUCGUGUGGUGCCUGAGGCCGCCGCUGCCGCUGUGAGCGUGGCGGCGGGUUCGGUGGAGGACCAUGUCCUUGCUGGCGAGACUGCCGCUGCCUCUGGCGACGGCUCAUUCUCACCCUCUGCCACUCCCCAGACUGCACCACUGUCGCCUGAGGAGGGGGAGCCGUUGGCGGAACAGGGACAGCUGGGGGAGGCGGGACUGGCUGCGUCCCCGGCACCGGUGGCGGCGUCUGUGAUUGCUGAGGUCGUGUCGGCCGCGGUGGGAAGGCGGGAUGGAGAGCCGAACGGUGAGGAAGCAGCGGUUGCCGCUGCGUCCACCGGAACGCCUGCUGCUGACGGGGGCGCAGACACGCAGGGGCACGGCCAAGUGGCGGGCGGUAGACGGGGUCGCGGGAAGGGCGUCGCGGCUCCCGCCGUCCGCGGGAAGACCGGGAAGCGACCCCGGGCCCAGCCAGCGCCGAGGCGGCCCGGAGCAGGGUUGGGACCUGGACCCCCGGGACCCCUCCUGGGCUGGCUUCUACAAGGGCAGCCGCCACAAGGGCCAGAGCGUCAGUCAUCAUCGCGAGGAGAGGCGUCAGCACCACCGCCCACGGAGCAGGAACAGCCACCGGCGGAUGCGACGGAGCCGCAGCCGAGCCAGACUGAAGUAACGGCACCGAUGCCAGCUAGACCGGCGAUGGCGGGCGGAUCUGACGCAGCGACAGUGGCCGCGCAAGGAUCGAGACGAUCCGCCCGACUUGGUCAGAUAUCCUGGGGACCGCCGCGCGGCGGCCGUACUCCCUGGAUGCCGGCGGGACGUGGAGGUGCGAGCGUGCCUGGUAACGCAGGUGGCGGCGUGACGGCAACCGUGGGCGGAGCAGCACGGGGACGACGAGGGGGGAUGCGCGGAGGCCUCAGAGGGGGAAGGGGGGGGCGUAACCCGCUAGGCAGAACGGAUAUUCCUGUGAGAUCCGGCCCUUGGCGGGAACGUCACAACCGACCCGAACCUGUGGCUGUGGAUGCACCAGCGAAUGAGGAACAGGAGGGUUUGGAAAAUAACGCGGCGGACCCAGAGUUUAUCGGGGAGGAGGAGGCUGAAUCUGAAGAAAUCUCGCUGGAUGAGGAGCCAGCUUCUGGGAGGAAUAACGAGGCCAGGAGAGGGAGAGAGGCGGCUGCUCCAACCACACAGAUUCCAGACAAGGCAGGAGAAGCUGCCACGGAUGACACGGAUGUCCCGUCACCAUCAGACCUGGCAGACACGGAUGGGGUUUGGCAGAUGGCAGGGGAAUGGAACGUGGACCUCCUCCAGAGAGGAGACCAACCGUGGCUGGACGAUUCUGCACUUCCUCCCGAGGCUCACCCUCAGACCAGCACCGGAACCAGUCACUGGUAG